AUGGAUUCAGACGACUCCAUGAAUCCAUAUCGUCCCUCCUCUAGCUACUUCAAUCUGUUAACCAGUCAACUUGAAACCCAAAACCUCGAAUACACUCAUUGUGAGAGUCCAUGUUCGGAGGCUCCAUCUGAACCUGCAUCUCCUCUAAAAAACCGGAAGUCAAGGAAUGCAUGGUUACCUGCGGAUGAUGUCAUGCUUGUCAGCGCAUGGCUUAACACUAGCAAGGAUCCGAUCACAUCCAAUGAGCAAAGACGUGGAGCAUUUUGGGGGAGGAUUGUAGAUUACUAUGCGGCAUGUCCCAAUGUUGAAGGUCGGCCAAAAAGAGAGGCUCGUCAUUGUAAACAGAGGGGGGGGAGGAUAAACGACUUUGUCUGCAAGUUUGUUGGUUGUUUCGAAGCUGCAACAAGGGAGAAGUCUAGUGGACAAAACAAAGAUGAUGUGAUGAAGCUAGCACACCGAAUAUACUUCAAUGAUCAGAAUCAGAGGUUUACCUUGGAGCAUGCUUGGCGAGAGUUAAGAUAUGAUCAGAAAUGGUGUGCUAGCACAUCAUCUAAAGUUAAUGGAGUGAAAAGGGGAAGGGUGGCUGCAAAGGGGAAGGCUAAAAAAAGCUCAAACACUAAACCGGCUGUGGAAGAGGAUGGAAAAGCUUUCUUGGAGUUUCAGCUGGAACGUGUUACGCGGAUGUAUGAGAUAAAGCAAACGGAUUUCGCUUUGAAAGAGAAGGAGCUUGCUAUGAAAAAGGAACAUAUUAAGCAUGUGAUGCUUGAAAAUCUCAUUGCUAAAAGGAUUCACUUACUGAAACUGAAAAAGCUCGAGGAAGAAGUGGAUCUCCGUGACAGUCCCUCCAUGUACCCGUGA